CAUACAUGUGUCAAUCACUCAAACCAUCUACCAAAUAUGACCCCUCUCUUUCCCCAUAUUUUCUUGGCCAAUUGGCAUUAGUUAUUCACUGUGUCACUUAACAUUUCCAACCUCAGUCAACGCACAUAAUUCCCACUACUCAAUUGAUCAACAAAUCCCAAAAAAAAAAAAAAGGAAAUGAAGGUACAAAUUUCAAAUUUAAUUUUAGGUUUUAAACCUCACAAGAUCUUCAAUUGGGUGCAUCGCAAGUUUCAGCAGAAAGAUGGAAAUAAGAAAGAUAUUGAGUUCAAAAUCCGCAAUGAAAUUAUUGGUCAUGAUACACAAGUUCUUCUUCAAGAUGCCUCAUUUGCACACAUGUUAGAUAUUUGGAAAGGAGGAUCAAUCCUCACAAUUGGCACAUUUGGAUUUGAUCCACUGAAAAAUGUGCAAAGUGAUAUAGACAUUGAACAAGAAGAAAUAUCCCUAGAGGAAGAAGAAGAGUACUUCUCAGUGGGAAAUGAUAUUCAAGAAUGUAAUGAAACUACAGUUGCUGAUGAGGGAAAUGAAGAAUUGUAUCCCUUAAUAUAUGCAAAUAUUGGAGUUCAUGAAGUGAUUAAUGAGGAAGCUCCAAAAGAAAAUUUGACACUAUUGGCUAUUGAUUCAAAUAAGAUAAUGAAAAAAGAAAGGAUCACUCUGGCUGACUUGUUCUCUGCUGAUUCUGAUCAUCACCAUAAGGCAGAUAGUCCAGAAAAAAGUAUAGAGCCAGAAAUUUUCACUAAGAAGCCUAAUUCGUCUCCACAAUUGAAGAAUGGACUUUCUUUCGCCAAGAAACUCAUUCCAAGGGUCAAGGAUGAGCAGCGCCCGAUCCAAAAGCUACAAAAAUUGAUGACGAAAGUGUUGAAAAGAAAGGUUCAUCCAGAUAUUGAAACCAAAAUUGGCAAGAACAACAGUCAGGUCAAAGCAGCUAGCAUGCUUGGUCUUUCCUGCGUUAAACACUUCAGAGUUGAAUCAUCUGUUUCCCUUCUCCAGACUGAUCAAGAUAUCACGGUCUAAGCUGACCUAUUCCAGUUUAAUUACUUUCUUCCAUUUGCUUGGGAAUGAAAUGGAUUAUAUGUUUGUAUAAUUAUUGUUUUGAUUGUUUAUACACUUUUCCUAUUGCGAACAGCUAGAUCAUGUGAUCCUAUUAAUUAUGUCAUGGCUUUUUGCCUUUGUCUUGUGUGACAGAAAAGUUUUAUGGUGUUGAAUUUAGGGCUUUGAUUCGACUGAUUGGUUUUAUUUGCAAGUGAUUAUGCACUUUAUAGUCCAAAUGCGUCGCAACUUAAUUAAGAUCAACAGGCACAUCAAACAGAAUGAUUCUUAUCCAAAUUACAAAUAAUGAUAAUAUGUACUUGCAUUGGUUACUGCAA